AUGCCUCCUAAGGCUGCUGCAUCCAAGGCCAAGGCCACCACUUCCGACCAUGCCAGCUACCAAGGUGAGCUUCACAUCCUCCCACCACAACGUCGCGUCCAAAUUGCGCGCAUUGCAUCUUGGUCGCGUAGCUCUUCCGCAUCUGAUGAUAUGAUCACCGAUGCUAUCGUUAAUCUCAAGGAUCGUAACGGUUCAAGCCGCAUCGCCCUCAAGAAGUAUGUCAAGGCCAACAACAAGAUCAAGGCCGACGGAGCCAUGUUCGACUCUCAGUUCAACCGCGCAUUGAAGUCUGGCGUUGAUAAGGGCGUCUUCGCCCAGCCAAAGGGAAGCUCUGGUGGAACCAAGCUCGCGAAGAAGGAGCCCAAGGCCGCUGCCAAGCCCAAGACCGAGAAGGCAAAGGUCGAGAAGAAACCUGCCGCCAAGAAGGCCACCACAACCAAGGCAAAGCCCGCUGCCACCAAGGCCAAGGCUGCCGCGAAGCCGAAGGCUGCCACUACCAAGGCAGCUGCAAAGCCUAAGGCGGCUCCCAAGACAAAGGCUGCUCCUAAACCAAAGAAGGCCGCUGCUCCCAAGACUGCCCCUGCCGUCGUAGACAAGCCGGCUGUUAUCGGCAAGACCAAGUCGGGGCGUGUUACCAAGACCAAGGCUGCACCAGCGGCGAAGAAGGCGGCACCAAAGAAGAAGGCAACUCCUAAGAAGGCGUAA